GGGAAAAUGUGAGACAUUCGCGGCUGCGGCUGGAAGGAGGGCAGCUGGGGCUUGCGUUCGGGCAAGAGCAGAGGAACCGCACCGCGGUGGACCCCGGCGGCGGAUAGAGCCAGAAUGGACGACAAUAUGGACACAAAAUCCAUUCUAGAAGAACUUCUUCUCAAAAGGUCACAGCAAAAAAAGAAAAUGUCGCCAAGUAAUUACAAAGAGAGGCUUUUUGUUUUAACCAAAACAGAUCUCUCCUACUAUGAAUAUGACAAAAUGAGAAGAGGCAGCAGAAAAGGAUCAAUUGAGAUUAAGAAAAUCAGAUGUGUGGAGAAAGUAAAUCUUGAGGAGCAGACCCCUGUGGAGAGACAGUACCCUUUUCAGAUUGUCUAUAAAGAUGGGCUUCUCUAUGUCUAUGCAUCAAACGAAGAGAGCCGAAGUCAGUGGCUGAAAGCAUUACAAAAAGAGAUAAGGGGCAACCCCCACCUGCUGAUCAAGUACCACAGUGGGUUCUUCGUGGAUGGAAAGUUCCUGUGCUGCCAGCAGAGCUGCAAAGCGGCCCCAGGAUGUACCCUCUGGGAAGCAUAUGCUGAUCUGCACAUUACAACCCAUGAAGAGAAACACAGGGUUCCCAUCUUCCCAGACAGAGUGCUGAAGAUUCCUCGAGCAGUUCCUAUUUUCAGAAUGAAUGAACCAUCCUCAAGUACCACCGUGGCCCAGUAUGACAGUGACUCAAAGAGAAACUACGGCUCCCAGCUAACUGUCAACAUGCAGCAUAUUCCAAGAGAAGAUUGCCCUGACUGGUGGCAAGUAAGGAAACUGAAGAGCAAUGAAGAUUUUGCAACCAGCAACCAAAGGGAAAGGACUGUUGCAAAUCACAGCACCUCAAAGAUGUCAUGGGGAUUCCCCGAGUCAAGUUCAUCUGAAGAAGAGGAAAACCUGGAUGACUAUGACUGGUUUGCAGGUAACAUCUCCAGGGCCCAAUCGGAGCAGUUACUGAGACAAAAGGGAAAAGAAGGUGCAUUUAUGGUUAGAAAUUCCCGCCAGGUGGGAAUGUACACAGUGUCCUUAUUUAGCAAGGCUAUGAAUGAUAAAAAAGGAACUGUCAAGCAUUACCAUGUGCAUACAAAUGCUGAGAACAAAUUGUACCUGGCAGAAAACUACUGUUUUGAUUCUAUUCCAAAGCUUAUUCACUAUCAUCAACACAAUUCAGCAGGCAUGAUCACACGACUCCGCCACCCUGUGUCGACCAAGGCCAACAAGGUUCCCAUCUCCGUGUCCUUGGGAAGUGGAAUAUGGGAACUGAAAAGAGAAGAGCUUACCCUCCUGAAGGAGCUGGGAAGUGGUCAGUUUGGAGUGGUCCAUCUGGGCAAGUGGAAGGGACAGUAUGAUGUUGCCAUUAAGAUGAUCAAGGAGGGCUCCAUGUCAGAAGACGAAUUCUUCCAGGAGGCCCAGACCAUGAUGAAACUCAGCCAUCCCAAGCUGGUGAAAUUCUAUGGAGUGUGUUCAAAGAAAUACCCUAUAUACAUAGUGACUGAAUAUAUCACCAAUGGCUGCUUGCUUAAUUACCUGAAGAGUCAUGGAAAAGGACUUGAAACCUCCCAGCUCUUAGAAAUGUGCUAUGAUGUGUGUGAAGGCAUGGCCUUCUUGGAAAGCCAUCAGUUUAUACACAGGGACUUGGCGGCUCGGAACUGCUUGGUGGACAGUGAUCUCUCCGUGAAAGUGUCUGACUUUGGAAUGACAAGGUAAGCCAGCUCCAGCUCAGCUCCCAAAGGGCAAGCUGUGGAAGAGGGACUUCCAUUCACAUCCACAUGCCGGCAGAAUUGUGGGCCUCGUGGCGAUAGGGAACGUGCUCUGCACUGGGGGGUUCGAAACCUGGAUUCCCUCCCCAUACUACUUCCGACCACCUAGGAAACAUGUUUUGCCUCAUUUCUUCACCUGGAAGAUGGGAUUGUUCUUCAGAAAUUAUCCAAAGUCCC